AUGCCUUCUUCUUCUUCUUCUUCUUCUUCUCCCACUUCCGUGGCUUCUUCUAAUCCUACUGCUUCCUCUUCUUUGCCUUCUUUCCACUGUUAUCAUUAUUCCCACGCAGCCAACAGCAGGCUGCCGCCGGGCAAUAAUAAACUCUCCAGUGACAGCCCCUCGACCUGCUACCAACAGGCAAAGAGGGUAGCGGAUCAAAUUGUUCCCAACACGACUCCUCUCACCACAGGCGACCCCUGCCCCUCUGUCGUACCCGGUUUGAACUACGCCUUUGCACCAGCCCCGGCGGAGAUGAUGCCUUUCCCCCAAACCAGCCAUGAGGAAUCCUGGAUCAAAGGGACCGCCUAUGGCUCUGUUCUCAACCAGUCCCAGAUUCCUCGAGCGCUACUGGUCCACCAGGACGGUAUCCAGCCCUUUUCUCGCGGUAACCACCAUCGAGUGGCUUCUCACCCAGUUCCUAUGGCCCACCCGUCAUAUGAAAAUAAGUGUGCAACAGACUGGUCUACAGUGUCGCACCUGUCAUACCAACACCAACACUCUGCUGGCGAUGUAAUUGAUCUCACUCAUUCAACGCGGUCACCCUCCAUCAGUUCAGCAUCAUAUCAAACUCCAGGACCUAGCGACAAGACAGCUUCGUUUCAGUCCAACGACACAGAUGGCAUUCGAACGAGCUCCAAGGACGCCAACGAAGAUAAGAACGUCGAGCUUCCGUAUUCGACUCUUAUCUACCAGGCUCUGAUCAAUACGUCUGGAAACAUGCUCUCCUUGCAGGAAAUCUACAAAUGGUUUGAAGAGAACACUUCGAAAGGAAAAGACAAGUCCAAGGGAUGGCAGAACAGCGUCCGUCACAAUUUGUCUAUGAACGCGGCAUUCGAGGCGGUCAAAGGAGAGCCCAGCAACGGGAAAAAAGGGGGUAAUCUUUGGAGAUUGACGGAAGAGGCCAUCCAGAACGGGGUGAUGUCGACUACAAGGUUUCGAAAGCAGGCGACCUACAAGAGAACCAUGAGCUCGGACAGUCCUGCUCCGCAGCGACAGCAGUCGGGGGCCAAAGGUGGGAAAGCGGCUCGCAAUUCGGCCAGACUUCGUGGCCAGGAGGACAAGGCGCGCAAAGAAAAGAGCCGUCAGCAGUACCCUGCAUUCGACCGCCCACGACAGACGCCCGUUCAUCCGCCGCCGGCCCAUAUGAUGUGGCAAUUCCACACCCCGGUACCUCAUCCUCCGAAUCCCCCCCAUACGGCAGACUCGCUGGCCGCCGGCCUGGAAACCGUCGUUGGCUGCACCCAUCAUUUGCCGCCCUCUCUGUUCUGCGAUAUGCCCGGCUCAGGUCCGGACUAUAGUCACCUCAAUCUCAAUUUUGGGUUGGGGGCGGCAGCAGUCUUUGGGAUCAACUCCAAUGGGUACGGCGCCAACAAUGAACUCCCGACCGAUCUCCAGCUCGGUGUAUAG